AAAUAUAUACCUACUCUACACGCACUCUUGCACUUGCAGGCCUCUCAAGUAAUGUUAUAAAACGAAGUGCUGAUCAUAGAUCAACUCUUUCAUUAAACAUUGAGGUCUAAAGACUCAAUUUUUAGUUGCUUGAAUGAAUGAUGAUGAUGAGUGGAAGAAACAGCAGCGGGUUUCCUUUUACUGCAACUCAAUGGGAAGAGCUUCAAAACCAAGUUUUAAUCUUCAAGUACAUGGUUUUAGGCAUCCCUAUACCAUCUUAUCUCCUCUUCACCAUCAAAACAAGCUUCUUGGAGCCUCAUCAACAUGAUAAAAUUGGAUGGAAUUGUGGUGGUGAGAUGAGAAUGGAGAGAAAAGUGGACCCGGAACCAGGGAGGUGUCGAAGAACAGAUGGGAAAAAAUGGAGGUGCUCGAAAUUAGCCUAUACUGAUUCAAAGUACUGUGAAAGACACAUGCAUAGAGGCAAGAACCGUUCAAGAAAGCAUGUGGAAGAAGAAGAAGCAGCUAGUACCGGUAUAACAAUGGUGAACCCUUCUUCAACAGCAACCCAAAGCUUGUCUUUAAGCUUGUCUUCCUUUGAAACCCAUGCAUCAACAGAAAAACCCACCCUUUGUCUGUUGGGUUCAAGCUCUUACAGGUUAAAACAAGUGGUGUAUCAUGAGCCUUGUGGGACCAGGAGGAGCUUCUCAGGUUCAUCAAUGGAGGAUGGUACUUCAUGGCAACUUCAAAGCUUGAAACAAAGCAAGCAUGAUCAGGAUGAUGAUGACAAAAGAAAACCCAAAAGGAAAAUCCAUCGUUUCAUUGAUGAAUGGCCACCAAAACAUAGAGAUUCAUGGCUUGAUUAUGAUGAUUAUAAAUCAUCAAAAAGUUCGUCAGAUUCAACAACCAAGCUCUCAAUCUCCAUUUCUUCCACUUUUACAUGAUUUCCGCAUUUUCAAGGUCCGAUAAUGGUGGUUGAAUAUCCAGUGAUAGGGUUUCCGCAAUGGAAGCCAAGAAUUUACUCAGUGGGGUUCACUUGUUUCUGUGAAUUUCAGACUAUAUAUAUAUAGUCCUUUGUUUAUUAUUUUCCUUUGGCUUUUCUAUUUUGGGUGAAUUUUUUUAAUGAAACAAUGACUUUUUAUCUUUCUGGUUACACUAGUUUGCCUGCAACAGAUUUAUAUAUAGUUCAUAAAUAUAUACUAUUGUAUAUAAGAUUGAAUGGCUGCUCCCAAGGUGCUGAUAUGUACUUCUGGUUUUUAAUUUCAAGAACUUAAAUCUACUGCUAACUGCAAUAAUAGUCUAUGUUAUUGCGUUUUAACUAACAA